CGCGUUGGAACGUUGUAGAUGGCAGCACAAGUAAAAACGUUUAUUUGGUAAACUUGUCUGAAAAUUUUGACUGGGUGUAAUAAUCCCUGAAUAUCUCAACCAGCGUCAUGGCAGCAGCACAGAAGCGUCGUAGUGAUAUGACCCCAGAGGAGCUGGCAGCCCUGGAGAGAGAGGAAUUUGCAACAGGUCCCUUGCGUAUUCUUAAUGAGUCUGUUCAGAACAAUACCCAGGUAUUGAUCAACUGCAGAAACAACAAGAAGCUUCUUGGACGUGUGAAAGCUUUUGACCGGCACUUCAACAUGGUCCUAGAGCAGGUGACAGAGAUUUGGAUGGAGCAGCCAAAGACAGCCAAGGGACAGAAGAAAGCCAAGGCAGUGAACCGAGAAAGGUACAUCCAGAAGAUGUUUUUACGAGGGGAUUCAGUAAUCAUUGUAGUGAAGAAUCCACUUGGAAGUCAGCAGUCUGCAUAGUGUUAUCAAAGCAACACUUUUAAGUUUUAUAUCAAAUUAUUAUUUUUUAUGUAAGAAUGGAAAGGAAUUACUUCCAAUUUUUGUUACAUGAUGCAGGUUUGAUUAUUAUGUGAUGAAUGAUGCUGCAUGAAACAUCUUGUAUUACUUCAUAGUUAGGAUUUACUACAUAAUUCAUAUUAAGAUAAGUUUUGUAAUAAAUACAAUAAUCUUUAA